AUGUUCAAACUCACCUCUCGACUCGCCACGUCUAGGCUCGCUGUCUCCUCCAGACUGGGCUUUGCCCACACCGUAGUAUCGCCCCGAGCCAUCUCGCCAUGGAUCUCUUUACCGGUUAAAAGAUUCAACUCCACAGGCCCGAACGGCAACGACGUGUCCGAAAUCCAGACCCAGUUGCCCUCCAUCGAUGAAUUGACCUCGUCGUCCGCGUCUCUUUCUGCUUCCACCUCGGACCUUAUCGCCAACACCACCCAAACCGUGGGCGAGCUGUCCUCCCACAUAGGGUACCUUAACAGCAUCGGCCUGGCCCAGACCUGGUACUGGCCCUCCGACAUCAUUCAGCAUGUCUUGGAGAGCGUCCACGUGUACUCGGGCCUGCCCUGGUGGGGCACUAUCGCUGCCACCACCAUCCUCAUAAGGUGCCUCUUGUUCCCCCUAUACAUCAAAUCCUCGGACACCGUUGCGAGAAACUCCCACAUCAAGCCCGAGCUGGACGCCCUGAACAACAAGCUGAUGUCCACCACGGACCUGCAACAGGGCCAACUGGUCGCCAUGCAAAGGAAAAAACUGCUCUCUUCGCACGGCAUCAAGAACAGGUGGCUAGCCGCCCCCAUGCUGCAAAUACCUAUUGCUCUCGGGUUCUUUAACGCCCUGAGACACAUGGCCAACUACCCGGUAGAUGGAUUCACCAACCAAGGUGCCGCCUGGUUCCCAGAUCUGACUCUCGCAGACCCUUACUUGGGCCUACAAGUCAUUACCGCCGCAGUGUUCAUUUCAUUCACGAGGCUGGGUGGCGAGACCGGUGCUCAACAGUUCAGCUCCCCAAUGAAGCGUCUUUUCACCAUCCUGCCCAUCAUUUCCAUCCCGGCCACAAUGAACCUGUCGUCCGCCGUCGUGCUUUACUUCGCCUUCAACGGGGCCUUUUCCGUCCUACAAACACUUGUCUUGAGAAACAAGUGGGUCCGGUCCAAGUUAAAGAUUACAGAAGUGGCCAAACCAAGACCCCCCAUCCCUGGCGCUUCAUCAACGGAAAAUAUGGGCAUUUUCCAGUCCAUGAAACAUAAUAUCCAAAAGGCAAGAGAUCAGGCAGAAAGAAGACAACUAAUGCAAGACAAGGAAAAAAAAUUACAAGAAGACUUUAAGGAGAAAAGAUUGAACUCAAAAGUUAAAAUCGUUCACAAAUCGAAUUUCAUUAAUAACAAAAAUUAA